AUGUUCCUUACGAACGGAGGAGUUUGUAACGACUGUGGAGAGGCUGGUCAUAAUAACAAAAUAGUAACAAACGCUAGUUUUAUGACGCAUGUAAAUCGUGUUAUCAUUUUGUUACUCGAAAGUAAACAUAUCUCUUAUCAUACUGGUUUCACAGCUGAAGAAAAGAAAAAUGGGAGCGAGGGCGAUUACGGGACAAAGGCUGCAAGGACGAGAGGGAAAAAAGAAGUAGUUGGAAGACAACGUUAUGAUUUUAUGCUGUGCGGUCCACUUCCUGCAGCUAUCUUUUUACACGAUUAUCAAAAACUAACUAUUCACCAUCUUACUCAGAUAUGUUUUCUGAAAAAUCACCGUUCUUCGAGCCUGCGUUUUUUUGCUGCAUACUCAGAAAGAGGGAGUUAA